AUGACCUCCAUUAAUUAUGACCAUAACUUAGCCUUGAAGGACAUUGACUCCAAGCUCAUUAGCCUUGGUCACCUGGCUGGACAGCUUGGCGGAUUUGUUGGUGAGAGUGAGAGUGUUAAGGAAGCUGUUAUAUAUGCUAUUAAAGCUUAUUUCGACACUAAUGAAGAUCUUAAAACUGACCUAAAUGAUGCUUACUCUUCUCAUGUUACUAAGCUUUCUGAGUCUGUCAAGUCUGUUGACCAGGCUGGUGACAACCAGAAAAUUAGUGAGCUUAGUCAGCGAGUUACUCAAGAAAUUAAUGACAUAAAUCAACGUAUUAAUAGCCCUAAUAACCUUUAUAAUCUUCCUUCUUCCCCCUCUCCCUCUGCUGAGCUAGCCAAAUUGCACUCCAAGUUGGACGCUUUGAGGAAAGUGGAGGAGCUUUGUGAAAAUUAUAAGAAUCUUAAAAAUGCAUCAAAUAAUCCUAAAAACCUCUUAGAUAAUUUAUGUGACGGCCUUCAGACUUUUCUUGGUUACGAUAAGAACUCCAAAGGCUACACUGGCCAGGGCAUUGUCUACUCCGACCUUGACAGGCUGUGUGACGGGGUGAUGGGAUUUUUGAGUGGUGUUCUCAAAGACGUACAUGAAAAUGAUAACCUUUCACCUUACAAAAACACAUUAGAAACAGCAGUAAAUACAUUAAAUGAAAAUCUCAAUAAAGGCAAAAAAGGUUUGCAGGCUGUGAUUGAGCCGGUCAAGAAGGGGAUUGCGGGGUGGUUGGGGGAGGUUAAUGAAAAAAAUAAAAAAGUGAUGAGACCUUUAGAAAAUCUUUUAGAAUCAUUAAAUGGACACAAAUCUGCUAAUAUGGAACAUAAUCCUAUUACUGAUCAAUUGGCUACAUGGCGUGGAUUCUCUAGCUUAUAUGUUCAGGACGUCGAAAAAUCUGAGCAUGCCUUAAAUGAUAUUGACGGUAUUUUAAAAACACAAGUAGAGCCAAAAAUAGACUUAAUAAGACAUGUGGUUAGAAAUUUUUGGACGUCAGUUAAUGAUGACAGUGUCAUUAAUUCUGUUAGUGACUUGACUGAUAAAUUUUUGCAGCAUCGUAGUGAAAUUAAUGACCUAAUUACGAAUGACAUACAGAAAGUACUUGAAGCUUUGAAUGAGAAUUAUACCACUAUUGAAAAUAAAAUCGAUAACAUAAAGCAGCAAAAACGUGCUCAUAUGCAACACAUCGUUGACGCCGUGUCAAAAACUCAGCAGUUGGUGGACGGUUUACUCGACGCUUCGGAAAAGGGGUUUGAUAAAAAUUAUCAUCAGCAGAUUUCAAAACUUUUCACCACGAUAAAGACCAAUAUUGAGAGAUUUGCUAGGGAUAAUGGCACCGACACUAUGCUUCAGACGCAAUUUAGCAUUGUGCAGACAGAAGUUAAGGGUCUGGAAGAUGAUGUACGCGCUGGGUUAGAAGUUUUAGAGAGCCACAUAAGUGGGAUCGACAGACGUAUUAAUGAUGAUUUCAAUGACAAUAAUAUUCUGAAAUCCGAGAUGUCUGCUCUUCAAACGGCAAAAGAGGCGCUUGAAAAAUUGACUGGUAAGAAGAAUAAUGACGAUGGAAAUCUCGAGAAUAAUUUCGAAAAUAAGAUCAAGGGGUUGCUUAGUAGUUUGUUAACACAAGUGGAAACUGCGAUCGGAAAGCUUCACGGUGUUGUUACAACAGGUGAUGCAGGAGAAGGAAAGGAAGCAGGUAAUCAAAAAAUUGAACUCAUUAUCAAGCAUAUUCAAGAACAGGUGGACAGGAUAAAUAAGGGUGAACUGGGAAACCAUUCAGGUAUACAUGGGAUAUCUGCGAAUCUUGACGAGUAUGCUAGGCAGUUCAAGACCAAAUUCGAGUCUGCUAUACGAACGAUGGUUCAAGGUAUCGUGUCAAGUGAAGGCGCCAUAAAGCAACAUAUCGAUCAGUAUGUUAAUAGUGCAAGUAUGCGAAGUCUCCGUACUAGGCUAAACAAGAAUACUGUUAAAGAAGCACUUAAGCUUUAUGUUAAAGCUUACAUUUCUAAAUUACUUAUGGAUGCUGCUGCGAAUGCCGCCGGACUGGAUGGCAUUAAAACAUUAAGUGAGCUUUUCGAUAAGCUGAGCAGAUUUGGGCGAUAUCUAGAAGGUUAUCUGAUCAGUGAUCAGAAUGCCGAACAGACACUUAGCGGUGCUGUUGUAGAAAUUGAAGGUUACCUACAGUCAAAAGGUAUCCAAGUACUUCCUGACCAAGCGCCUCUCAGAUUGGCCAUAAGGAUUCUACUGGCGUGUCUACACUCCGGUGCCAAAGGUGCAGUCGAUGAUAUAUCCGUAUUUAUCAGGGAUUCGGAUUGUAGUAAGCUAAGAACCGUAUCACAUGUGAGCCAAAUACUUGGUGAAAGACUUAAAACGGUGAUGAGAAUGGGUAUAAAUGGCACUAACUACGCGUCUGCCGUUGACGACGCAAUUAAGGCUGUCAAAACCGAGGUUGAGCAGAACCUUGUCACAAAGUUCAAUUCCGAGGUCAAAAAUGGACUUCCUAGCGCCAUCACUAAAUUCCAUAACAAUGCCAUAAAGCAAGUCAUAGGCGGGGCUAAAACCGCAAUCACGGAGGCGCUUGAUAAAUUUAAAAUAAAAAGCGGGGAAAGCCAAAUCGACGUCAGGUCCAUGAUGACUCAGUUUGACGAAUCAGAGAGAACUCUGCAAUCUGCCGUUCGGCAAAUUAAGCAACAACUCGAUUUACUUAAAAAGGUUCCCAACGAUGUAGACGGCAAAAGACAAAACGCUGAUGACAUUAUGAAACAAUUGAAAUCCAGAAUCCAGAGUCUUCAAUUUCACAUUACAGCCAUUUCACCACGCGUGGCCAAUGCACAGAAAGCCUUCGAUUCAGCCAUUGCACAACUUGAUGAUUCCGUACGAGAUGCCAAAAGCAAUGCCAACCUUGCCAUGUCGGCGCUAAAAAUAAGCUUGCAACGCGGGAUUGGUGAAGCAUUUGGUGACCUGGAAGAUGGUAUUCAGCAAUUGUUCGCAGCACAAAAGAAAGCCGAGUUACAGGCCAUUCACGCCUCAGUAUCGGAUGAGCUCCCCAAAAUUAGAAGCGCCAUCGAAGAAGAUUUAGCGAGCGGUAUAAAGGGUUUAAUGAAGUGGAUUAAUAAGCAAGAAAAUGAAGUUACUAGAAUUCAAGAGGUUUUAGCUUCUUUAACUACGCCGACCCAUCCAGCUGCAACAGCGAAGACUUAUAGUGAAGUAUUCCUCCAAAUAUCCGAGUAUUUCAAAAAUUAUGUGGACUUAAUUUUACGUUAUGCUCAACAUGAAGUGAGCUACGUUAUUGGCGAUUCUAGUAAAAGUAGGCGCCAGCCCACCGAGCAGUCCGAGCGGGUCAGAGACAUCAAAACCGUACUGGACAACUUACUAAAUUACCUCAACAAAAAUUCAACAAGGCACUGUAGUUUUGAUCACAUAUAUGCGUCUUAUUUAACGUCUCUCAAUGACUCUCUUAGUAAGCUCGCCACCCUCUCCUCUUCCACCUCCGCCCUCGACCCCCAAGCGCUGCCGGACGCAGGACGGCCCGUGCUCAAGGCGCUGCAGGCAGGGAUGCUGGGAUUCGUGGGAGAGUUGGGGAAGGGGUAUGUGAGUAGGUACUCGAUGGAAACGUUUAAAGAAGGGUUGACUACACCUAAAGGAAAAGAAAUCACAUUAACCGAUUACGGCCGGAAGUGCGCGAAGGUGUGUCUCAGCAUAGUGCCUAUGGUGAGUGCAGACAUGAGAGUUAUUUAUGAGAAAUGUAACAUUGGAGGGGAGUGGCUUAAUAAGAAAAUUAAUUCGAAUACAUAUCUCGGCGAAUUCUUCGCUCAGCGGGGAUAUAAGGUUUCGACCAAAACGGACAGCCAUGACGGUAUCUUGCGCAAUAAGGAUGAAUGCCAAGGCUCAAAUAUUAAGGGUUUCCUGACGAAAAUGUUAAGUACAGCAGCCAUCAAUAACUUGACGGACUGUUUGCGCUGCUAUCACUAUGUAUGCCAUCUCAGGGUUACGCCAUCACCGAAGUCUCCUACAACAGUUUUCGCGAUGCUUAAGUGGUGUGCUGGUUUGCGGUACAACGCGAUGCUAAGCAAAGUCGAAGAUUACACUAAAACGUUGUUCUCGAAACCUAAGAAAUAUGAGGAUCGUGAUUAUAAAGAUAUUUCCGUUAAUGAUCUCCAACUAGUCGGCACGUCAACCAUUAAGCCUAGGGACGUAUGCGACGCGAUUUACGAUGUAUGUAGAUACGCAAAAACAAUAUUGAUCGCGAUCCUCGGACACGGCCAUAACGACGGCGUAUAUGCUUGUGACUUCAGCGCAAACGAAGAUGGGUUUUCGUAUCCGGUCAAUCCGGCGGACUGCUUCGAUACGCUCGUAGAUGUUGCGUACAGACUCCAUGACCAACUUUAUUUCCUCUUGGUGCAGUGUCAACGCACAUCGAAGGCUAAUAGCUGGCGCGAUUGCUGGUAUGGUAGGUACGUGGGCGGAUCAGAUUGGAGGUGCAACACCUUACAAUGUGCCAACCAAGACUGUAACCAAAAAGGCAACCAAAAGCCUAACCAAAAAGGUAACCAAGCGGCUAACCAAAUAUGUGAUGAACAUCCUAAGUGCGGUGUCAAAUCUCCUCUCCAGUCAUACUUAGAGGAUGGUUUGCCUGGCUUCCUACCACAUAAAUUCGACAAGGUUGGCUGUAAGGCGGAGUGCACUGUGUCGAACCACCGGGGCAUAACGUGCAAAACGCCACUAGGAUUUGGUAACAUUAGCAACGUUGCAUCGCAUACUAAGCAAGGCGAGCACAUUGGGAACGCUCUCGAAAGAUUCUGUGGAAACUCGGGUAGCCCUCUUAGCCAAUUGUGUAAAUAUUUGACGUGCUUAUUAAGUACGCCGCCUAAGACAUUAGGUGACAUGUUUGCCUUUUACUAUAAUUUCCUGUAUGGGUGGCAGAUUAAAGGACAAGGCAAGGACGACGACAAGGCGCACAGAGAGGAUGCAUUUGAUGAUGCAGUCACCAAAGCUUAUUUCGGAGAACGAUACACAGAUAUGAAUGUAUCACUUCUGUUCGAUCGUAAUCAUUCGGAGCAUAACAAAAAUCGUGACUUGUUAAGUCUCGUUUGCGGGGGUGACAGCAAAUCAGUAACCAACUGCGGCCGAUAUCUACAACCUAUCAGCGCUAAUACAUGGACUGUGUUUUCCAAACGAAACGCAGCCAACUAUCUGUCGUGGAUUGUCUAUCUCACUGAGUCCUUCUAUAAUUUGCUACAUCAAUUAUAUGAAGAGUGUUGCAAAAAUUGUACAUCGGCUGGCUCACGUUGCCACGGAAAGACCUGCGUCCCGGAUUGCAAAGUCAAAUCUCACUACGCAUCUCUGGCAUCUGCUGCCGAAAGCAAAACCCCUGCCGCCGCACCUACCGAUCACCAUCACAACCAGUUAUGCAAACCCAUAUCCCACUGUCCGUUCACACGUCCCACGUUCUGCAAAUAUGGGUUCGUUUUCAAAAGUCUAUCAAACAUGAGCGGUGAAAACGGCGAAGAGACAAUGCGUACGUGCAAAGAUCUAUGUAACGCAUUGCAGAAAGUUCUGAGCGAUAAAAUCAGUGACGGUGCACCACUCGCCAAAUUGGUACAUGAAGUAAUCCCCAAAUUCAUAUGGGCCAUUAGGGAGAAAUUCUUCUGGACCACCGUCGCCCUCUGGCUCCUCUCCUUCCUGUACCUCCUCCACAUCAUGGUCAUCCGCCUCGACACGCUCCACAUCAAAUCGCAUUUGCAUAGUCCCUCAUCGCAUCGUAUCGCUGCUCAAUCACUACUCGCCGCCGCACGUGUUAACAAGCUUAACAAACUGUUUUACCUGCAACCAUAA